AUGCGUGGAGCCGUGGCAAGAACCCGCGCAGAUGCCAAAGUGGCAGGACAAACAGAACCGAGCGGCAUAGGUACGGUAUCUCGGCGACGUCGUAUCGUCUGGGGCCUCCGACGGCGGCACGCUCUUCGCAUCGUGUUACAGCCGGUGGGACGUCCCCGCCCUAAAAAUAUAUCCGCGGCUCUAGCGCCAGGACUCGAGUUAGUGUACACUCUCGCCAGCCCGAGAGUCCGCCCCAGCCACUCGUCCUCCUCUGUUGUGCUCGUCGCUAGUUACAGCAACCGCUCGUCGCUCUUUCCGUCAUGCCGUCCCAGGGUGAGUUCCAAGCUUCUUUUCCAACUUCUCAGAGGAAGGCUAUCGGAAACAUUAUUAGAGCUCAAUAUUCUUCGAAGCAUUUGAUGAAUCUGUUGUUGGCUUUCAAAAUGGGAGAUCUUGGGUGGCUCAUCUUCAGAAUUCGCUUUCUUUAAUUAGUUUGAGAUCUUAUUUUGAAUCGCUAGUGAUUUAUUGAAAUAAAAUUAGACAUGAAAACUUCGAAAUGGAAAAGGAUACUCAUUUGAAAUCUUGUAUGUGAGAUUAUUCACGCCAGACGGAGCCUGAUCUUUUUUCUUUAAUGCAAUAAGGAUCAAACUUUUCGGAUCUAUUUGGGAAGAUUUUUCGAACUUUUUCCAAUCCUUUACGUCAUUCCAGCUCUGUCUUUGCGCCGAAUUGUUCUGAUUCAAUUUUUUAAAGUUUUUUUGAAUAAUUUUUUUCAAAUUAAAAGCGUCCGUUGGAUUAGCGCUUCUCUGAGAUUCCGCACAAAGCUUUCAAUUUGAUGAGACAAAAAUGAGAAAUAUUCGAUCAAAUAAACCUUUCAAACCUAUCUCCUUAGGAUGCUCAUUCAGAACGUAAAUUAUAUUGAAAAUUAUUCCUUAUUGGAAAUUCGACUUUAAUAAAUGCGUGGAAGCAAAUAAGUUUCGAAAAUAAACCUGAUCCGUAGUUCAUUAACCGCUGACUUGAGUAAGUAUCCAAUAAAAGUCUAUGGCUGUUUGAGAUAUUCAAAGAAGUUCUGAGAAAUCGCCGCAAAAACUUUUGCUUUAAGCGAGCCUUGAAAAUAAUAUACUUCCACCCUUUUCUGGUUUAUUUCUACUUUAAAGAUCACAAGAGACUUUUUUGUGAAAGAGAGUUUUCAGAUCAGCUCAAGGAGAUCUUCAACCUCUACGAUGAGGAGCUCGACGGCAAGAUCGACGGCACUCAGAUCGGAGACGUCGUCCGCGCCGCCGGCCUCAAGCCGACCAACGCGCUCGUCGUCAAGGUCCUUCUUCCUUCUUUUCUCAACUUUUUGCAACAGUGUAGUCUUCGGCCAAGGAGAGAGUUGGAAACUUCACCGAAAACCGUUAAAAACAUGCUUCUCACUAGUUUCAAGUCGAGAACUGUUUCAGGCUUCCGGCCAGGAGUUCAAGCGCAAGGGAGAGAAGCGCAUCACUUUCGAGGAAUGGCUCCCGAUCUACGAGCAGUUGAGCAAGGAAAAGGUAUCGCUUUUUUGGAGUUGCCCCCGAAAACUCAUCAGUCGAGCGCAAACAUGCGAUUUCUCUCAGCUUUUUCCUCACCGAAAUCCACUUGACGCCGCGAAGAUUUGCUCUACCGGUUUUUCCAGGCAGCGACUUUUUAUCUCUAACGUCAAAGCUUAACAGAUCGACUUGAAAGAUAACUUCUAAAUAAUAACUAUAAAUUGAGAGACUGACUUUUUUGAGUUCCUCUCUAGGUUUCAACAGAUUUGAGCAUUUAUUAUGACAUAGUUAUAUUUUUCCAAAGCUUGGAACAAAAAAAUACCGCCUUAAUCUCUAAACCUCUUCUUUUCAAUCGUGUAAAGAAUAUCUUUGAAUUCCAUCUCUAGAAAACUUCAAAAAAGAAGUUGAAGCCGAGUCUCCAUAAAAAAGUAGAAAAUUGUUAACAGGCUUAUUUGGACGGAAAAAGUUCGAAUUUCUCGUUUAACUUGUAGUUCUUCUUUCUCAAGAACCGCAAAACGCAACUAUUCCUUUUAAUGUGAUUUUUUUCCAUUAAAUUUUUCGUUCUCAAGAGGUUUUUUUUUCUGUAAAGUCUGUCUUUGAAAUACCGCAGUCAGACUCCAAAUUUUGAUUUCGUAUCUCGGAAAAUGCGGCAGGAAACUUGUUAAUCGAUGGCGUGAGCAAUCGAUAAAUCGGAAAAAGCGGUGGGCUGUCGGAUGGAAGCCGCGGUGUACGGCGAUCCCCCGCGGCCGUCGAAGGCCCACGCCGAACUGUGUAAAGUAAACGGCAGAGGCGUCUUCCGAGCCUCCGCGGCUGCCACUCCAUGAGCCCCGGCUUUUUUCUUUUCUCCCAACAAAAACUCCAAGCCACAGCGCCGAUUCAAUUGUUUUUAGUCGCGGCCAGCCUCUUUUAUCAUCUCUCAAGAGAAGUAUACAGCAGUGGAAGAGUAUAGAAGAUGUUUGAAGAAGGAUAUAUUAAUUGGUCGUAUCAUUUGAUAAUAAUGAGCAACGGAUUGACUACACUGAAGUCUUGAAGGUGGACGGAACUGUAGUCAGGCAUAGAGAGUUCCUAGAUUUUCCGUAAGGAGUUGGCAACUUCUGUGUGAUGAACAAAGAUCAAACUUCAAGUCUGGAAUAGAGUUUUUCAACAAAGGAUAGGAAGAAGUUGAUAUUGGUCCACUUUUCAAGCUGUACACAAAGUUAUAUCAGAUUGUCUUCCAUUGAUUGAAAAAUGUAUUUUUUUAUUUAGAGCACAUAUUAAAAUGUUGAUAGGGAAAGGCUUUUGAUUUUAAUGAAAAUUUAAAAACCAGUUGGUUUCAUUUUCAAAGUCUUUCAAAAUCCUGUAUAAUCGUUAUCUGAAAGAAAGAGGCCACAGAUGAAAAAAAAAUUCACAAGUUUUUCAAUUGAUAGUGAAGAAAAAAGAGUGAAGAAAUCUUUGAAAGAUACCAUUCUAAAAAUGAAAUACGUGGAAAAUAUCAGUGUAUGAUUUGCAAAACUGGAACUAUUUCUGUCUUGAGGGAUCUUUUAAAGUUGACCAGAGUGAGGAAAUUCGGCUGUUUCAGGAACAAGGAACGUACGCCGACUUCGUCGAAGGACUGAAGGUGUUCGACAAGGACGAGUGCGGCAAGAUCCUGGCCGCUGAGCUCAGGCACAUUCUUUUGGCACUCGGAGAGCGACUCACCGCUGAUGAGGUCUUUUUCAGGCCUUCCAAAACAGUUCUUCCAUUAUAGAUUAUUUUUAUCUUCAAAAUGCUUAUUCCUACAAGGAAUCGUUUCAAAAGAACUGAGUUUACAGGUUGACGAGCUUCUCAAGGGAGCCGAAGACGCCGAAGGACAAGUCAAAUACGAGGGUUCGUUUCUCAAUUCUUCUGUGCUUAAAAUUCUCAAUUAUCUCUCAGUAACUUUCUAUAAGCUGAUUCAUUUGCAGAUUUCAUCAAGAAGGUGCUGGCUGGACCCUUCCCGGACUCUGACUAA